AUACUACAUCCACAUUUCGGUCGCACGAAAAAGGCUGCGAUGGCCGCUCUCAGGUUUCUCUCUGAUGCUAUACAAUACAUAAUUAGCAAUAAAUUACUUAGAAACUUAAAAUGAUACGUUUAUUAACUAAAAGUCCAGUGUUAAUAUCUAUAUUCCCAUUUUACAAGAAUGUUGAUCAGUUUGAUAAGCCUGUAAAUGAAAUAAUAAAACCACUAGAUGAUGAAUUGGGUUGGGACAGAGUAAAAAGAAUAUUUUUCUUGAAUGAAAGUGGUUUAUAUACAAAAGAAUUGCAAUCUAUCAUAAAUGUAACGUUAUCAGGUGUUGCAAUUGGAUUAGCUAUAGGUGGUAUUGGUGCAACUAGAAAUACAGUAGAUGAUUUCAUUACGACUAACGAAGCAACAAGAUUCUCAAGUCAUUUUGAUGCAAAACGAAGUCUUCAACACAGGAUUGCUGUAAAUUUUCUAAAGAAGGGUGCGAGAUUGGGAGCAAAACUUGGAAUAUUUUGUUUUAUCUUUAGUUCUGUGACAACUUGUACAACCGCAUAUCGAGGGAAACUAGCCAUAGAAAACUAUAUAUUGGGUGGUUCCGUAACAGGACUAUUAUUUAAAAUAAACUUGGGAUUUCGAGCAGCACUUGUUGGCACUGGACUUGGUGGUAUAUUAGGUGGGGUAUGUGGUAGUAUGUCGAUCCUUAUGCUUUACUUAUCGGGAAUAACUAUAGAUGAAGUAUUAAAUGCGCAACAAGAGUGGAUAAAGUCAAGAGACAAUAAAACACGUGAGAGAAUAAAAGAAUGUAUGAAUUCUGAAUUACCAGAAAUGAAAAAAAUGUAUGAUGAAAAUAUAAUACUGCAGAAUAUUCAACAAAGAAAAGAUUUUGAAAACCAAGAAAAAACAAACUCAUAAUCUAUAUAAAUAAAUAUUGUACAUAGAAA